AUGAUAGUAAGAAAAAGAUCAAUCAAUGGUAUACCAGUUGAGAAAGGAAAGUUACAUGAAAAAAAACUUCAAAACAUCACAAUUAAGAAUUAUGAAAUAAAUAAUGAUUACAAUAAAACAACUUUUUUUGAUUAUUAUAGCUGUAUAUAUCCAUUUAAUAUGCCCAUAAGCUUAUACAAAUAUCCCCCCAUUUUUGGAUACUGUAGCUUAAGCGAUUUUCAAGAAAUAAGUGCAAAAAGGUUAGCUUUACUUCAAUUUUUAGAUACUUGUACAAUAACUGCAGAUGAUGAAAGAGAUCAAUUUAAUAACCAAAAAAAAAAUGAUAAAAAUUAUUCAUUGAAUAAUUCUUUAGAGAAUAAAAGCAAAAUAAUAAGGCAAAAAAUUUAUGAAUAUAAAUUUGGUAUACAAUCAAUGAAAAAUUAUAAUAAGGAAGAAAUGGAAAAUAUUAUAAUGACUGAUUUAUUAUCUCAUUAUAUUUUAAGGAUUGCAUUUUCUAAAGAUAAAGAAAAACAACAAUGGUUUUUGAAGCAAGAAUUAAAAUUAUUUUCUUUUAGAUUAAAUGAAUUAAAAAAUAUAAAUGUUCUUAAUUCACAGAAUAUAAGUGAAAGUGAAAGAGGUUUAAUUCAUUUAUUAAAAAGAGAAAACCUAAAUUAUGAAUUCAUUUCAAAACCUCCAGUUACAUAUGGAAAUAAGAACGAAGAAUGGGAUAAGUAUACAUCAUUUAUUCAAAAUAAAGAUAUUAUUGAAAAAUUAUUUAAGAUUCCGUUUUACCCUGAUUCAUACUUUUUGGUAAAAGAUCACAAAGUGUGUGUUGAAAAAUCAAUAGCUUAUGUUCCUGAUAUUUAUUUGGAUGCUAUAUUGAUGUCUCAGUUCAAAUUAAAUAUUAAAGAAUCAUUUAAAUAUUUAGAGAGAAAUGAAAAAAUGCUUUUAAAUAUACAAAAUGAUGUUAGAAUAUCUCCCUUUUUAUCAGCAUUACCAAAAGCUUAUGUAGCUAAAGAUUUUAGACAAAAUUAUGAACAUACAGAAGAUACCAGAUUAAAUCCUCAAAAUUUAUAUAAUGUAUACAAACAAUCCUUUCCCCCUUGUAUGCGUAGAAUAUUUGUUAAUUAUAUUAAAGAAAAACAUUUAAAACAUUGGGGAAGACAGCAAUUAUGGUUAUUUUUAAAAGGAGCAGGAAUGACACUUGAAGAAAAUAUUCAAACUAAUAGAUCUAUAUGGAUACAAUCUGAUAAAUUUGAUAAAGAGCAUAGAUAUAAUAUACGUUAUAUGUAUGGAAAAGAAGGAAAAAAAACUGAUUUUAGUCCAUACAACUGUUCAAAAAUAAUAAAUAAUUUUCCUGUUCCAUCUGGUAGUGAUACACAUGGCUGCCCUUUUAAAAAUUUUGAUGAAUCACAUUUAAGAAGUCUUCUUUUCUUUUUUGGAUUAAGUGAAGAGCAAAUCAAAUCAAUUAUGCCAUUUAAAAAAAAUAAUGAGUAUCAGCUAGCUUGUGUAAAAUUUUUUAUGGAAACUCAUCCAGGUUCUGCUGGUGAUGGAGUAGGAAAUCAUCCAAAUUCUUAUUAUGUUGAGAGCAGAAAAUAUUACAAAUUAAAAGCAUCUACAGAAAAAACACCAAGUUAUUAA